AUGGAACAAUGGACGAUUCGUCGCGCCGUAGCUGUCGAAAACCCCUACCUGGCCUGGAGACCAGCCUCUCAACCAGUCACGCAGCAGUCAAUGGCACAAUCCGCCUUGGGGAUGAUCGUGCGUCUCCCCCGCCAGAGGCGAUAUUCAUCGCUUUCGCCUGUCACUCGCCCGUCCUCUUUCCUGCCUCCUCUGGUUGUCCCUCCUGCUGAUCCGGGGAAGCUGCGACCGGCGCAACGCCGCCAUUACGUCAUGGCCGGUGUUCUAGUCAUCCUGUGGAGUGUGCGGACUGAGGACUCGACUGUGGACGGUGGACCGUGGACCAGUGAGUGA